CUGGUAUCGAGUCAGUGUGUCAGAGUGGCGGACAGUCUAGCUUGACCCUCUGUGUCAGCACCUUGCGUCUGCCAGAGUAACCAGGAAUAACGACUGUCCUAACAGACAAGUGUAUCUUACGUUGUGUGGUGCUCGUGCGUGUGUUGUCGUUCCUGCGUGUGUUGUCGUUCCUGCGUGUGUUUGUGAUUGUACCGUUGUGUCUCCUCCCUCUCCUCACGACAGCUACUACAACAGAUACAGUAAGAAGAUUUAAAGAUCAUGGGUAAUGUUUCGGCAAAGUAGGGAGGAUUUGAGAAAGAGACAUCUCGAAUCUUUCAUGAUUCGUCCUAACAUAGCUGAGAACGUUAUCAAGGUCUCCUUUAGAUGUAGGAGCAACGACAGCCAAUCCCCACCAUCGAACAGAGAAACACAAGCAUGGCGACUUUAGACAACCUCCUCAAUGAGCUUCGCAACAGUAAUGACGCUGGGAACAAGACUGAGCAUUCGAAACCAGCUGUGCCAUCUCCAGCGAAAUCUCCUUCAGCAUCACCCAAGAUCAUGAGCAACGUCGGAUCGAAACUUCAGGAAAGUUUUAAGGACCGUGACGCCAGUCUGCCGUUCACAGAUGUUGGCUCGGAUUCAAGUGACGUCCUACCAGUCUCUUCUGUCGCAGCCACACGCACUGACUGCUCCCUCGCUAAGCCAGUCAGGACUAGCCCCUCUAUCGUUGAGCCGAAUAUGAGACUCGGCCUGCUCCCUAAACUAGAAAAGACUGGCAGCUCGUUUCCAAAACCAGAUUAUACCGGCAACUCACUCGUUAAACUGGACAACGAAGGGAAAAUGGAGAGCGCCGAGACUGUCCACAAGGAAGUGUUGGAUGGCUGUAUAAAGGUGGAAAAGCAGGAGCAGCAGGAGCAGGAACAGGAACAGGAACAGGAAGAAGGAAAUACGACAGAUAAAACCUUGAUGCUUCAGAAGAAGCUGGAGGCUGAGGUUGGCAGAGGUGAAGGGAAAAACAAAACACGAGACUGUCGUUAUUGGUUGUUAUGGGUGUUGAUGGUUCUGGUUAUUCCGCUUAUGAUCCUGAUAGUGUUUGUCGUCAUGCCUCGUGUGUACUUCAUGAAGUACCACGUCCUUGAGACUGCUUCGGAGAACCGUGGACUACCAGCAGACUUUGCAGAUUACAUGGCCAAGCUGGGCUAUGGGAGACUGGAAAGCCUUCCAAACGACUCUGUGAAGCCAACCAUUACAGAGAUUACAGUUCUCUCCAGCGUCUCCCCUCCUGGAGGGACUUCCUCUGUGCACGAUAAAGUACCACUGAAGGAAGGCAGCUCAAGUGAGGUGACGGAGGCCUCUGUGUACCUCCCCGAGGAUGAUCUUCAGCAUGAACCUUCCGUUGAACCAACAGAAGUACACGUUGGUAUUCAGGAAAGUACUGACAAGAAGAUUCUAAAGAAUGCGUCACAUAAUCUAGCUGCUGUACACGUAGCUCAGAUAAAGCCAACUAUCUUGAAAACCGUAUUUUUCAGUCUGGAGAAAUGUCGGAGAGGUGAAGAUGUAGUGCUACUGGAGUACAUUAGCAUGUACCGCAACCUUAUGCUCUUCUUCGGCAGCUUCGGAGGCUUUGCAAACAUUCAGACGCAGAUGUUGGAUAGCCGUAUCCAGAACCUGGAGUUAUACACAAAGAAACGAGAGAGUCUGCAAUACGAGACACUGAAGAGCAUGAUCCAUUACGAAGACACGUCUGGCAAGAUAGGUUCCGUAUAUCCCUUCUCUGGAACGAUAUUGUUCACCUGUCUUCAUCGCCACCUCCAGUUUCUGGCCUCGAGCCUAGUUAACCUUGUUUACCUCCACCCGCAGCAGUCCCUACAAGAAGCCUUCAGACCUGCAUACGAGGCUGCUCUUCUUUGGCACCACAGUUGGUUUGUGGAGAGGUUUUACUUGAUGGGCAUGACGUUGCUUCCCACUAAGGAGGAAGCUUUAAGAAGGCUUUGGGUGACUCUGGGCGAAGAAGUUUCUAAUCACGCACUUGUGGCUAGUCUUCGUUUCGUCAUAAGAGAACUUGACAUGGUGACUAACCUCUCUGAGGACAUUCUCACGGACACCGGCGCCUUAAGGAAAAUCCCAGAAGAAGUCACUAUCUAGGUUCUCUUGUUUUUAAUUUGUUUAUAGUUUAGGUGAAAUAAAUAUAAAAUACCAGG